AUGCCUCCCACGAUCCGCGAUCGGGGCUCAAAAGCCAAGUCGACCGACACCAAUGAUUCACCCACGGCCGAGAUAGACUACGAAGGUGUGCCGCUGAACCACUUUGAAUUCGGAGGUUCCCUCGGUACAUCUGCUCUGAUCAUCGGCUUCCCUCUGCUCAUGUGGUACAUGUUUGUCGGAGCCAAAUACUACAAUGGAAACGUGCCGCUCCCAUCCGACGACCAGACAUGGACCGAUUUCGUAUACCACUUGGCGAGUUUGGCAUAUACUGGCGCCUUCCCUACUCGCAAAGCCUGGAUCAUUUACUGGUCCUUCUUCGCCAUGGAGAUGGCCUUUUACUAUGUACUUCCUGGCGUUACUGGUCACGGCAAGCGAUUACGCCACGAGGGCGACAGACAGCUCAAAUACUUUUGCAAUGCCUAUGUCAGUUUCUACACCACGAUUCUGAUCGCAGCGGCACUACACAUUAGUGGUCUCUUUCCCUUGUACACAAUCAUCGACGAGUUUGGCCCAAUCAUGUCCGUGGCCAUUUUUUCGGGGUUUAUCAACAGCAUCGCUGUAUACAUCUCGGCAAUGGUUGGCCAGAGAACCCAUCGGCUUACUGGUUAUCCAAUCUACGACUUCUUCAUGGGCGCCGAGCUCAACCCCCGGAUCGGCAUCUUGGAUCUCAAAAUGUUUUACGAAGUACGCGUGCCGUGGUUCAUCCUGUUCUUGAUCAGCUCAGCCGCUGCGGUGAGGCAGUACGAGUCCUAUGGCUAUGUCUCCAAAGAAGUUGGUUUUAUUGUUGCCGCCCACUUCCUGUACGCUAAUGCGUGCGCCAAAGGCGAACACUUGAUCAUCACGAGCUGGGAUAUGUAUUUCGAAAAGUUGGGCUUUAUGCUUACAUUUUGGAACAUGGCCGGUGUGCCAUUCUCGUAUUGUCACUGCGCCUUGUACCUGGCCAACCAUGAUCCGUCAGAGUACCAAUGGUCUACGUUCCCAUUUGUUCUUCUUUUCAUUGGCUAUCUCUUCUUUUAUUGGGUGUGGGAUACUGCCAAUGGCCAAAAGAAUGGCUUCCGCCAAAUGGAGCGCGGACAGCUCCUCGACCGCAAGACUUGGCCGCGUCUUCCAUGGCUGGUUAUUCGCAACCCCAAGGCGAUUGAAACCACGACGGGCGAUCGUAUCAUGGUAGACGGCUGGUUUGGUAUUGUUAGGAAACCGCACUACACGGCCGACAUGUACUUUGCCAUUUCAUGGGCAUUGAUCACAGGUUUCAGAAGCCCAUUUCCGUGGUUCUAUCCUGUAUUUUUUUGCGUCAUGAUUAUCCACCGAACUUUAAGAGAUGUGGCAAAGUGCAGAAAUAAGUACGGCGAUGCAUGGAAGCAGUACGAGCAGGCUGUUCCCUAUCUAUACAUUCCUUAUGUUGUUUAA